CACGCACAACACAUUUCGCAGUCAUUUUCACUCUCGACACGAUGAGUUAUCCUCCGUUCGGCGGCGCUCCUGGGUUCCCACCCGACCCCGGCUAUCCACCCGCUUAUCCACCACAGCCGUCCUAUCCUCCAUCCUAUCCUCCUUCCUACCCUCCCUCUCAGCCUCCCUACCCACCAUCAGGGCCUCAACCAAUCGGAUUCGCUGGACUAUCACCCGCCUAUCCUACACCCACUGGACCGGGGUAUCCGCCUGCGCCAGGCUAUCCCUCUGCUCCUCCUUCUGACGUCUCAGGGUAUCCUCCCGCUCCGGCUCUGGCUCCACCCGCGUCUGGUCCGUCAUUUGCUGGUACCGCUUUCGCCGUGUCGGCCUUCAGCAGACCUCCGCCAGCGUCUAAUCCUUACGGUCAGCAGCAGCCUCCGUAUCCUGCAGCAUCGUAUCCAACUGGACCGUCUAGUCAGCCACCCUAUGGCCAUCCUCCGCCAUCAAAUCCUCCCGCCCCCUACCCCGUUCCUAUCCCAUCACAACCCCCACCUCACCACCACCAACCACCACCACAACACCAACAACCUCACCACCAACCACCACCACCACAACCUCAGCCCGCACCGCGAUCAAGCCCUUCAAGCCUAUCCGCAGCAACCAAACAGAUUGCCUCAAUGACCAUCACAGAACAGCGGGGAGAGGGAACACUGAGACCUGCUCGGCCAUUCAACAAAGAACAGGAUUGUGAGACACUGAGAAGUGCAAUGAAAGGCUUCGGUACCAAUGAAAAGGCAAUCAUCAGCGUCUUAGGUCAUCGUACUGCUGACCAGAGGGUGCAGCUGAUCACCACAUUCAAGACGAUGUUUGGAAAGGAUCUUAUUGCUGAUCUGAAGAGUGAACUGAACGGCCACUUUCUUGAUCUGGUCAUGGCUCUGAUGCAGUCGCUACGGCAGUUCGACGCGAGGGAACUACGACGAGCGAUGAAGGGCAUCGGUACAGACGAGAGCAUCCUAAUUGAAGUUCUAUGCACACGAACUAAUAGUCAAAUAGCUGAAAUCAAGCAAGAAUACAGUAAAAUGUUUAAACGUGAUCUCGAAAAGGAUGUUGUGUCUGAGACUUCCGGUCACUUCAAACGGCUUCUUGUUUCCAUGUUGCAGGCAAACCGUGACGAGUCUGGUACUGUUGAUGUUCGAAAAGCUGCUGCAGAAGCUCAAGAUCUGUAUAAAGCUGGUGAAGCUCGUUUGGGAACGGAUGAGUCAAAAUUCAAUCAAAUUCUUGCUGCUCGUAGUUAUCCUCAGCUCAGAGCAACGUUUGAUGAAUAUCGCAAAGUGUGCAAGUAUGAUAUCGAACAAUCAAUCAGCAGGGAGAUGUCGGGCGAUCUCAAGGCGGGGAUGCUAACGAUAGUUCGUUGUGUUCAAGACAAGACGGGAUACUUUGCAGAGAAAAUCUAUAAGUCUAUGAAGGGACUCGGUACUGACGAUGAAACGCUUAGGCGUUGUAUUGUAUCUCGCUGUGAGGUGGACAUGGUGCAGAUCAAACGGUUUUUUGCGACUCACUACAAAGAGACACUCGCCAAAUGGAUCCAGGGCGACACAAGUGGAAAUUAUCGACGACUGCUGCUUGCUCUAAUCGGCGAAGGACAUUAGUGGUUUGUGACUUGCCACUGUUGUUGACAGACGCUUGCUGCUUUAUCGUUGACUUUCUUUCGUAGCACUAGUUGAAUGUCUAUGCAUGUUGUCGACUUAUGUGUGUUGUCUCAGUUUGCUGACUUGAAAUGAAAAAUGGAUGACCAAUUUAUUUUUAUUGUUGAAAAUGUGAUGAGUUUGUUUACGAUUGGU